GUCUUUGGCUCAGCUUGCCAGGGGUGAGGAUGGGUUAUAAGGCGCUCCAGACUUCUGGAAAGGGGUCAGUUUUCUUUCAGUCACUAUGUUCCCAAACAGCUUCCUGUUUAACUGGCUGGGGUGAUUUGUUGUGACUCAGGGGCACCCUACACCCCAACAUUCCUGGGAAGUGGCAAAGGUAGUUACAGGUCCUGGCCACAAGCACUCAUGGGAAACAGGAAGUUCUAAAAAAUGGUGAGGGGAGUUGCUCACCCCCUCCCUCCACACAUACACACAGUCAAGGACAGAAGGGGGUGCUGGGAUCUAUGCAAGGUCUGUGGACAUGAAGCCCAGGGCUGCCUGGAUUCCUGUGCCUGCCCCAGCCCUAGGGCAUACUGCAGUCUGGCCAAGUGCCAGGGCAUAGCAGCAGGCUCAGCAGGUCCUGGGGCGUGGUGCUGCCCAAUAGUAGAGCCAGCCUACACCAGCUCAGCGGGCAGACUCAGCAGCAGGCAGCAGCAGCCAACAGAGCCUUCUGGGACUGGGAAGGCUGCGCUGUGGCAGGCGCCUGCGGUGGGAGUGAGGCUAUGCUCUCCAUCCUGUACUUUGCUCUGCCCGUCCUGGGCAGCUAUAUCAUGCUCUCCUUCUUCUUCUUGCGCCGACCUCAUCUGCUGCACACAACCUGGGCUCCCACCUUCCCUAUCCGCCUGGCUGCCCACCGUGGAGGUGAGCUGAGUCAGGGAGGCGGGAGGCCUUGGCAGCCACUUGGGGCGAUGUGAGCCUAAGACGACAGGUGCCACAGUGGGCAGCACAUAGCGGAGGUGCAAGGCGUGAAAGACAGAGGUGAGGAGAGCCACGGGGGUCUGGGAGGCACAGAGCAGGGAAGGAGAGCCAGUUCAGCGUGGCUGAUGGGAAAAGAAGAAGCAAGUAGGAAACCAUCAGGAAGAAAGAAAGGUAAGAAGGUCAGGCCAGGCCCUAGGGACCCACCCAAACUGCUUCACACAGGGUCCGGAGAGCGGCUAGAGAACACCAUGGAGGCUAUAGAGAAUUCCAUGGCCCAGCGAGCAGAUAUCUUGGAACUUGACUGCCAACUCACACGGGAUGGCGUGGUGGUAGUAUCACACGACAAGAACCUGUCCCGCCAGUCAGGCCUAAAUAAGGAUGUGAACAGCCUGGACUUCCAGGAAUUGCCACUCUACAAGACAGAACUGGAGAUUUAUUUCUCACCAGGUCAUUUUGCCCAUGGGUCGGAUCGGCACAUGAUACAGUUGGAGGAUAUAUUCCAGAAAUUUCCAAGGAUUCCCGUGAUUGUGGAGAUCAAAGAAAAAAAUGAAGAGCUCAUUCACAAGGUAGCCAACCUGGCUAGGAGCUUUGACCGCAAUGAGAUUACUAUUUGGGCUUCAGAGAAGAACUCAGUCAUGAGGAAGUGCAAGGCUGCCAACCCCGACAUGCCAACGGCCUUCACCAUAUUGCGAUCAAUCUGGAUACUGCUGCUCUACUACCUUGGGCUGCUGCCUUUUGUCUCCAUUCCUGAGAAGUUUUUCUUAUGCUUCCUGCCCACCAUCAUCAACAGGACUUACUUCCCGUUUUCCUGUGGAUGGAUGAACCAACUGUCAGCUGCGGUUACAAAAUGGAUCAUCAUGAGGAAGAGUCUGAUUCAGCACUUGCAGGACCGAGGGGUGCAGGUGCUAUUUUGGUGCCUUAAUGAAGAAUCGGAUUUUGAAGUGGCCUUCAAUCUGGGGGCCAAUGGUGUCAUGACUGAUUUCCCCACAGCCCUGAGACACUACCUAGACAAGAAGGAAGAACCAAAGCCCCCUGCCUCCUCAAUCUGAGGCCCUGUUCUCUCUUUAAGAAAAAUAAAUAUUUUCUCAUCACGGA